UUUGAGUCGUGUCGUCUCGGGAAUUUUAUGAACCCAGCAAAAAUAAUUCCCUUUGGAUUGUUAAAUUUAAUUUCAAUUUUUUUGUUUUGUUUACGCAAACGUUACGAAAUUUUAAAAUUAGGAACAACAUGUCCGGUUAUUAAAGUGUCAAGUGCGGCUUUCAGGAAAAAAUUUGAAGAUUUACAAAAUUUUAAAAACACGGAAAGCACGACUCGUAUCGGUGCCGUGAUUUGUAGCCAGAGAAAUCGAUAGUGCAUCAAGGGUAUCGAAUAAUCGCGCCCAAACGAUUGAAGACGCAGCCCUGAAUAUUUGUUUGGUUUGCCAUCACUGCCUUCAUUUUGGACAUAAACAACUACUGCACUGCGUACACUUGAUAAAAGGAAAAUCGCAAAGAAUCGUCAAGCGGAAGCAGGUGCACUUGUUACAGCGAACAAUUGACACCAUUGUGAGGUUGCAGGAUGGAUCCUGAUGAGGAUAGUAAUGCCGAAGCGGCAUCCGCGCGCAAGCGCCAGAAGCGUCAAGAUUCAGGCGACGAAGAUGAAAGCUCCAGCAGCCGCUCCGUUGCAGGAGAUGCCACCAUGGACGUGGACUCCGCCGCAGCACCAGCUGUCAGCGAAGAGAAAACUGCAGUCGUAAGCGAGACUGAAAUAGGAACCGACAACUACAGCAGCACCAACACAAGCAACAACGAUUAUAACGGCGUCGAUAGCAACAGAGAGGGAGGAAUGAGCAGCAAGCAGAUUUUGCCACAGGGAGAGGCAGCAGAGGGCAACGACGAACCAAUGAAUCCGCCCGAGGAGGCGGCCACAGGGAUUACUCUCGUGCAGGGUGUACUGUCUCCGGCGGCAGCCAGUGCUGUGCUUGCCGCAGAUACUGUUGCCAAUGCCAGUGAGGCAAUCGACAGCGAUGAUGAUGAGCCGUCAGAAGUUGAAGUGAAUCCCGGAACUUCGAAUGACACUCACACUUCGCCCACAUUCAACCAGCGCAACAUACCAUCCACACGUUCAUAUCGCCGCAUAACCGUGGAACUUGUGGCCACAUUGGAGACCAGCAGCGAUAGUGAGUCUGCUGUCGCCCCAGUGCUUCCCAGUGUGGAUGAAGAGGCCGAGGAAACCGCAGAGGCGGCAAUCCCCAACCCCGACGACGAUCACACAUCAAGUGACGGCGAUACCAACCACAGUCGCGGGGAGGAUGACUUUUGGAACCACUACGACAGCUCCACCAGCAACACCUCCAGUGAUGGUGGCCUGGCUGAACACAGCGAUUGGAUUGAACCGGAGCCAAAUGCGGCCGACCGGGAGAACAUUGACUUUGCCGUGAACGAAAUCUUGUACAAGGAUAAACCGCCAUACACCUGGAACUCGGCCCAUGAGCUGAUGCAGCGCGAACACAAUAUAAUAAAUCGGAUUGAGUGGCGCGGCGGGCACACCUCUGCCCAGAGCUUCGGGCGUGGCUUCUACGGAUCGAGGCAUGUCGUCGAGCAGAUGUCGCUCUGGGAUACGAUGAUCAAACACAACGGCUGUGUGAACUGCCUGAACUUCAAUCGGGCCGGGGAUCUGCUCUGCUCCGGCUCCGACGACACACGAAUCAUUGUCUGGGACUGGGCCAACAACAAGCCACUGCAUAGCUUCAAGUCUGGCCACCACACGAACAUAUUCCAGACAAAGUUCAUCGACAGUGCCGGCUGCCUGGACAUUGUGUCCACCAGUCGCGAUGGGCAGGUGCGACGCGCCGUCAUACCUCCAUCCGGGGGUGACACUAAGCCCACGAGACUCUACACGCACAGCGAUGCCGUGCACAAGCUCGUUGUGGUGCCGCACACCAAGCACGAGGUGAUGAGCGCCGGCGAGGAUGGAGCAGUCAAGCACUUUGAUCUCCGCACCAGCACAUCGGCCAACACCAUGCUGCGCUGCAACUACACCGAGCCCGAGAGACGGAGCCGCGUCCGUCUCUUCAGCAUCUCCCAUCAUCCGUUUGCGCCCGAGUUUUGUGUCAGCGGCGCUGAUGACAAUCUGCGUGUCUACGAUAAGCGCAAGCUGCCAGAGCCCAUCCACGAGAUGACGCCCCGAGGCGUUCGGGAGACAAAGAUCACGCAAGUCACUUGCGCCGUGUACAAUCACAGUGGAAGCGAAAUCCUGGCCUCCUACAGCGAUGCCGGCAUCUUUCUCUAUGACAGCCGCAACUACAAGGAGGGCGAGACUCUCCACUGCUACGAGGGGCACGUAAACCAUCGCACCAUCAAGGGCGUUAACUUUUUUGGACCACGUUCCGAGUACGUGAUCAGUGGCAGCGACUGCGGCCACAUCUUCUUCUGGGACAGGAACACAGAGUCCAUCGUUAACUACAUGAAGGGCGACAUUGCGGGUGUGGUCAACUGCCUUGAGCCGCAUCCCUGGAUGCCAGUGCUGGCCACUUCCGGGCUGGAGCAUAAUGUGAAAAUCUGGACGCCCCAUGCGUCCGAUCCGCCGCCCGGAAAGCACAUUCCGAAAUCGGAGGGUCUGCGGGAUACGCUCUAUAGGAACUUUCGACGCAGCAUUUGGGAGACCGUUGGCGACGACAAUGCCAGCCAUCAGUUCCAACUAUUUUUUCGUCAAUUUAUGGGGGAUGGGAGCGUCAUGGCACGCUUUCGUAAUCGUCGCCUACGUCGUCGCCUUGGUAUAGGUGGUGGUGGUGGUGUAGCUGCAGCUGCAAAUGCAAAUGCGGAUGCGGAUGCCGCACCCGGAUCGUUGCCACAGCACGAAGAGAACAGCAGCAGUGCCAGCAGUUCAGCCAGCGAUGACAGUUCCGUGUACGGGCGCGACGGCAACAGCUCGGAUGAUGCUGAUGAUGAAGCCUAUGCCGGCCUAAACACGGGCUGCAACACGCAAUAGGCGACACCAUCCAAAGUUUUAGUUACAAUAGUUCCCCAUCGCGAGUGGGGCGAUUGGGGCGAGUGGGUGGGCUGCACUUUUAAAGUUUCGGGGCUCGCAUUUGCAGUUGGAUUGAUAUCUGCGAGAUGUAGUGACCGUAGUCUCUCCUUUGUUUGUUUUUGAAGGCGUUUUCAAUGCUGUGAAUUUGUACUUGCGUAGAAUAAGCAUACAUACCUAUAUAUUAUAUAUUAUAUUAAUUUGGAACAAUGUUUAAUAAACCACACAC